AUGGUUCUUGCUUCUAUAUCGAAUUUCGAAAGUCAUGAAAAUCAUAAUAAUGCCAUUUUGACAAUUGAAUAUAUCACGCGAACUCUUGUGGUCGAACAAAAAAGAACUUUUACUUUUUCAACACAAGCUGAAAAUCAAAAAAUGCUCUCAAUGUUUGGUGAAAUAGUUGAUAAAGUUUUAAAAAGAAUUGAUUAUGCAGCAAUACAAAUUGAUCAGAAAAAUUAUGAUAUGGUUGGAAUUAGAGAAUGUAACAUCUUAUUUGUGGAUAGUUUCAAUGCAUUCAAAAACACUGAACCCAUUUUAAUAAAUCAAUUUGAAAACGGUAUUCCAACAAACGGAACUGAUAAUAUUUUUCCGCCAAAGUUAAAUACCCUUCAGGGAUGUCCGCUGAAAGCUGUAUUAUGGGAUCUUCCUCCAUUUUUAAGAAUCUUUCCCGAUCGAGAGGGACUUGAUAAGUUUAUAGAUUUUGAAGGUGUUCUUUUAAGGACCUUUGCUGAAAAGAUGGAUUUUUCUUUGGAUUAUAUCAUUCCGCUAAAUGAUGAAUUUCGUGGGAAAAGGUUUCCAAAUGGUACUACCAAUGGAGCUAUGAAGAUGUUACAAGAUCGAACAGCAGAUUUGAGUCUUGGAAGUUUCCGAUACACUAUGGAAAGAGCCGAUAUAAUGACAGCUGCUUUGCCUUACUAUCAAAACUGGCAAAUCUUUGGGGUCCUCAAAUACACUCGACCAUAUACGGCAAUAGAAAUACUAAUUUUCCCAUUCACCACAUCAACAUGGCUCAGUUUGAUAACAUUUGUUGUAGUUUUAAUGUCUUUGGGACUCUUAGCAAUGUCUUAUUGCAAAAUUGUGGAACGAUUGUUUUUGGAAUUCUCAGGAAUUCAACUUGUCGAAAGUUUUUUUGGAGUUUCAAUAUCACAUUUACCUCAUGGAAAUUUCCUACGAUACUUGUUAAUAAUGUGGGCAAUUUUUGCAUUUGUAAUACGAAGUGCUUAUCAAAGCUUGCUUUUUAAACUUCUUCAAUCAAAAUUAUAUCAAAAACCACCGGAAACUUUACAAGAACUAGUAACUCAAGGUUAUACACUUGUUUUAACUCAAGGCACAUUCGAAACAGUUGUUAAUAUGCUAAAAAUUGAGAAUAAAAAAAUUCGAUAUUUAAUUAGAGAUAAUCCAUCGGAUUUAGCAAUCUAUGAAUUUAUCGAACGUACUCCUGGAAAAUAUGCUGGAGUAUCACCAAUUGAUUUUUUAACAUAUUAUGUCCAGGCCAAUUCCAGACGAGAUAUUUUUCAUAUUCUUCGUGAGAAAGUUUCUGCUCAACAUAAUACUAUGUAUUUUUCAAAACACUCUUAUUUGAUUGAGAGGUUUAAUAAAAUAUUGAUGAAUUUACGAGGUUGUGGUAUGAUUGAUUUGUGGGCAUCACAAAGUUGGGAUACGUCUUAUUUUGAUCAACGGAAUAAGGGUGGUUAUGUGAAGGAACCAUUGAAAUUGUCACAACUCAGAGGAGCGUUCGAUAUUUAUUUGGUAUUAAUAUUUGUAGCUUUUGUAGUAUUUCUACUUGAAAUGAUAUUGAAUAGAAUAAAGUGUAUCAAGAAAACUUGA